AUGACCGGUGAAACAGAGGAGUUGCCACGGACUCCCGUGAACCCUUUGGGGGAUAGAGAAGGAUCUCACAGUGGCGACAAUGUCGCAAUCAACAAUAAUUUGCAAUCUCCAGUAGGCGCACGAUCUGCCCCGCCAUCCACACGGGCUGCAGACGGCGAGAAUCGCAGCUCGUCCCCGUCCAUGGGUCCACCCAUGUCCGAGAGCGCCAUGUCGUCUUCGGAGCUGCUGGGGCCACUUGGCGUCGAGCGCGACGGACUGGGUAUAAAAGGAUAUCUAAGCAUGCGUGACGAGGGUGUAACAUACCACCGCAUGAAGCGUUUCUACUGCCGCUGCGUGGGUGUCAACUUCUCUCGGUUCGCAUCUCGAGACGCAGCGUCGGCGAUGAUUGCGGCACUGUUUAGCGCCGAGGUGCAAAAAGUGGAGUCGUGGGACGGCAAGGGCCUCUGGCACACAUAUCGCCACUCGUUCAAGCUGUCGCUCACGUCGGGCGUCGUGUUUAAUGUGGACGCUGACUCCGAGGAGGACAAGCGUCAGUGGAUCGAGUACAUUGAGACGGCACUAACAGGAACGGAGGCAGCCGUCGAAAAGUGGAAUGCCCAUGCUUCAGUAAGCCCUAAUAUCAUGGAACUCUCACCUGGAGGCCUCGUGUUCGCUGAGAAGAAAUGUAGUCCGCCCAAGUUUAAGAACGACACGUCGUGCUGCCACCCAGGUUGCCAUGUACGAUUUGACAGCACUGGGAAGAGGCAGCAUCACUGUCGGAAUUGUGGAGGGUCGGUUUGCUCGGACCACAGCUCAAGGUUUGCCAUGGUUCGACAUUUUCACAUCAAUCACGCGGUACGUCUGUGCAUGGGUUGCUAUCGCGUGCAGCGCUUCGUGCUGUGGCUCGAAAUGCUACUUCAGCGUCUCAGCAUCUCCCAAACGGAGGAAGAAGGGGUUACAAAGCCUGCUCUGUCAAAAGCUGACGAAGAAGAAGUGGAGGCGUUGUUUGCAAUCUUUGGAGAUGAUGCCUUUGGUAUUUCGGACGUCAUUCAGGUUCUUCAUCUGCAUCGUCACGGGUGCGAUGAAGCGUAUGCUUACGCCGUGAACAAGCUGUUGGAACUAUCGGCCUCCAACCUGGCGGAUUUUGAAUUUUUUCUGCCUCAGAUUUUCCACAUGUGGCUAACGGUGGACUGGACGAACAACAAUGUCAAAGCAGCUCUCCUAUUCCGAGUAAUCUGCUAUGCGACUCAAUUGCACAUUCGUCUAGCGACAGCUAUCUACUGGCUAACCCGUGCAGCAAUUGACGACAGCUGUGGCUGGGGGUUCGGCCAGUCGGAAUUGUACGUGCCCGACUUCCUGUACCGGAAGAUGAGCAUGUGCAAGUUAUUGAUGAUUAACGUGGAGAUGCAGAUUUCCCACGGCGACUGGUCUUUUGAGACAGACAAGGACUUACCGGCUUCGACGGAGCAAACUGCCAUCAUCAAGUGCCUGUUCGAUCGUCUGCUAAUCCUUGUCCAUACAAACACGAAGGCUACAAUUCCGCUUGGUGCAGUUUGUGAUGCCGUGAGUGGCUGUUCGAUUCCUCAGGAAUUCCUACUUCCGAGUGAUGCACUUCUGGAAGAUUCUCAUCGCGAUAAUGAAGAAGAACGUCGGGUUUUUACCACUCAGAUCCGAUUCAUCGAGGAGCUGUGUGCAAUGACUGAAAGAUUGAGAUUCUGUGCUCCGCAAGAGCGUAAAAAAGCUUUAAGACAAGAACUUCAGGAGAUUCAGCUGCCCGAAGGGGCGUUUUGCCCUCUAGGCUCGUGUGAGGAUCCAUUGCAGCGUCUCCUUACGAUUGCAAAAGGAGAAGGCACGGUGUUCACGACGAGGGCUCGAGCGCCGACGCUCAUUUUCUUCGAAGUGGCACGGCUGGCUACAUCAAGCGAAAAGAACGGGUGGUUUAACCGUGGUCGAUCACUGACAUUCAGCAUUCAACACAACAAGACCAACGAUUCCGAAGAACUGAUUGAUGUUGACGGCCUUGAAGUGCUGGUUCCUGCUUCUGAAGCUGAAGUAGCGAAAAAUGCCAUUGAAAUGGCCACAAGCAGCGAAAUUGCUCAAGUGAUUGCGAUGGAUACUUUUUCCGGUGUCGAGGAUGAGCAAGUCAAUGACAGCGAUGAUGAUGAUAGCGACAAGGAGGAAUUAAGGGACCGCGUUUUAUCAGACCCUCCACCGUCUUUGGUCGCUUUGGCUCGAGCUGUGGGUGGAAAGAAAAAGCGAAGUCGCCGUGGUCGGUCUGGCUCACUGAUGAACACAACAACAAAGUCCCUGGACUCAAUCAUCGCGUCUUGCGCUGACACAAUUAAGAUUCGGAGAAAGCGCUCAAUCAGCGAGGGUUCUGGCUUCAUCGGACUUGAGAAAACGCAGAAUACCAAUCUGGGCGCCAUGCCAAGUGAAGUAGAAAACUUCACAGAUGAUCAAUUGAUCUCCAUGGCCCAGAACAUGGAAAUCAGCAUGUUGGAAAGUAACCCCUCAGGACACGGCACUUUUACGGGCAAGCAGAUCGUUGACUGGAUGACAAAAAACGAGAUCGUGUCCGACAAGGCUCACGCGCUGUGGCUAGGGAGUGAGCUUCUUCGCUGCGGUGCUCUAGAGAAGACACCGCUUUCAUCCAAAUCAUUUAGUGGGUUUGCAGCUAACGAUGAGACAUCGUAUCAGCUGAAGAGCGAGUCCAGUGCAGCUUCCCGAUCCCUGGAGCGCCGUCACACUAUGCAAUACGAUGCUGCGCCUGUGCUAGAGCCGUCACCUCGCUCACCACAAGAAUCAAUCUCGGGAUCUACUGAUCGGGGGAAACCUAUGACUCGCACGUUGUCGCGUUUAACGUUGAAACCCCAAGAAACGACGGUGGACAUUGCUGGUGUAACCGAUGCUGUUGACGCCGAUUUGACAGGAACGACUACCGAUAGCGGCUCGAAUUCAUCCUCAAAGGCUUCAAGGCCACUGCGGGAGUACCUCGCAGGCGCCUCCGACGAACGACGUUCUAUUGCUUCGAACGUCCACGGUGGCUCGUUCAUUUUGAAGUUUGAUCCUGUUGUGGCCGUUGCGGCGAUGAACUCAGUGGAGCAGGCGGUGCAGCAGUAUGUCCUACCGCAAGAAAGCGUAGCAAAUGCUACCCAACUGAGUGAAGACCUUCGUGUACUCAAGGAGCAGCUAAGCAUUGUAUAUGAAUAUGUCAUCGACAAACGGAAGCGUCUUCAUGUUGCGGUGGAGUCAGCGUUUGGAGAGAGCUUCGAAGAGAAGAAGGAGCGUUUGCGCGAGACGUCAUCUCACGUCGUGCCAUCAGAGGCGAACGACUGGGACUGCGUCGCGUUCAUCGUGAAAUCUAACGAUGACUUGCGGCAAGAAGUUUUGUGCCAGCAGAUCAUUCGUCAGCUGCAAGAUAUCUUUCAGAGCGCAGACUUGCCUCUUCGGCUGCUGCCGUACGAGAUUAUUGCGACUUCGGCGUCUACCGGCAUGAUUGAGUACGUCAAAAACGCUGUCUCUCUUGACGCUUUAAAAAAGAGAGACAACUACACCACGUUGGCGGACCACUUCUUGAAAACGUAUGGUCAGGCUGAUUCUGCUGCGUACAAGACGGCAAUGACGAACUUUGUACGGAGCAUGGCAGCGUAUUCUUUGGCGUGUUACUUCUUGCAAAUAAAGGACCGACACAACGGCAACAUCAUGAUCGACAGCGAUGGCCACGUGAUCCACAUCGACUUUGGCUUUAUCCUGGGCAUUGCCCCUGGUGGUCGAUUUAGUCUGGAGACAGCACCCUUCAAACUGACCGGCGAAAUGGUUGACGCGAUGGGUGGAACUCAGUCGGACUACUUCAAGGCCUACGUUAUCUUCCUCAUCCAGGGUUUUUUGGCUCUACAGCAACAUGCCGAUACCAUUCUGAUGAUGAUCGCGAUUAUGGCACAAGAGUCGUCGUGCCCUUGCUUCUUGUCCCAGAACCCGCGAGACGUAUUGAGCGCCACGAAGCAGCUCUUCCGCCUCGACUACAACCAGAGACAGGUCAUCAAGCAUGUCAUCAGUCUCGUCCGUCGCAGUCACAACAGCUAUCGUACGCGCCAGUACGACGUUUUCCAGCGAAUGACAAAUGGUAUUUUACCUUAA